CAUUAAUAAAAGCUUUAAAUGUACACGUGAAGCUGAACAGAAAGAACCUCAGCAUUAAUGUAACAGGAUCCUGACGUAAGGCAAAGACAAGCUUUAGAAAAGUGCGAGCUUCCUUAACAUGAUGCCUACAGCUAAAGGCAUGUCCCAAAUGAUACCCAAUCAUGUUCUGAGAGUGGGUCAAACCAUCCGGCUGGACCCAUUGCAGCACCCGGUCACUCAGCACUCCAGUCUCACAGAGUCCAGCAGUCACUGCGAGGACCCCGAUCUUGAAAUUUCCCUGGAAAACCUCAACCAACUUAUCCUGGAACUGGAUCCGACUUUUGAACCCAUUCCUGUGAAGAAAAGCCCAACGAGCAUCAGUCCUCCCGCAGACUCCUUGUGCUUAGAUGGCCCACAUGACAUCUCCCAUGGCAUACUGAUUUCUAGAGGGUGUUCUACCAGUUCGUUGCCCACAAUGGAACCGUCUGUAUCACCAAGCAUCCCCAUCCCUACUCACAGCAAUGUCAGCUGCAGUCCCCAAGGCACCAUGGCGUUCUCCUGCUCCCCGACAUCCUCCCUGCCUCCACUACCAUUUGGAAGCGCACCCAGGCGAAAUCCAUCAUCCAAGCACAACUUCUCACAAGGAUCCCUCCGUUUGUCCCACUCCAACAGGAACAGCGCCACCUCGCUCCUCUCCACCUCUACAUGCUCCGACACCAGCUACAUCCUCGGCAGCAACUUGUCCUUGGCCGGAGAUGAUGCAGACUUUCCAGACUCCAUUCCUCCUUCUACACCUGGUGCCGUCAGUGAUGGGUUCAGGACUCAGCCAUUCAACAGCAGGCCCUCAUUCACGAAGCAAGAUCAUCUACGGGAGCCCCACAGCAAAGGAGCAUGGAGCAGUCCAGCUUCACUGUGUGGAUCACAGACAGAUAUUCCCCUACUGCUCAUCAAUGGAGCACCAGAAUCGCAGAUCAGGUCAACUGCUGGUGCAGUUGACCUGAUCCAGAACAUUCCUGCAUCCCCCUCAAAGAAAAAAUGUUCAAGUUUUCAGGCUUAUUUUGGUGGCAGCCUACCAUCAAUGAAAUUUGUCAUGGAUACUUCAAAGUUUUGGUUCCGUCCACACAUCAGCAGGACAGAAGCUGAAGCCCUUUUAAAGGACAAGGAAGCAGGGACGUUUGUGGUGAGAGACAGCACCUCCUACAGGGGGAGCUUCGGAUUGGCCAUGAAGGUGAACCAGUCGCCCACCAACUUCACUGCUGCUGCAUAUCCAGGAGAAAGCAGUUCAGAUCUCAUCAGACACUUCCUCAUUGAAUCAUCAGCUAAAGGCGUCCGGGUCAGAGGCUCCUCUCAGGAGCCGUACUUUGGUAGUCUCUCUGCCCUGGUCUACCAGCACACAAUUUCUGCUUACGCUUUACCCUGCAGAUUACUGCUUCACUCCCAGGAUUUAGACUCAGCAGAAGAGAGGGCAAAUGAGCAGACAGCACCAGAAGAUACGAGUACAACAGCUUGCAAUUUUGUGUACCUGAAUGCUGUUCCCACGGAGAUGCUGACGGGACCCUGUGCAGUGCAGAGGGCGGUGUCUCUAACACUUGAGAAGGCCCCAGCUUCUUUCGCACCUACCAUUGUCAACCUGAAGGUGUCUCCGAAGGGUGUAACACUAACAGAUAUCAACAGGAAGCUCUUCUUCAGACGCCAUUACCCUGCUCACCUGCUGAGCUACAGCGGUGAAGACCCGGACAACCGACUGUGGAGGCGAGGUUCAAGUUUUGGUGCAAGGAUGUUUGCCUUUGUGGCAAAAGGUGUUGAUGCCAGCAUGGAGAAUAUGUGUCACGUCUUCGCAGAGUACGACCCCCUACAGCCCUGCAGCAAAGUUGCAGAGUUUAUUCAGGCUGCCAUAGUCAAACCCUAAAUACACACAAGCUCUGGGAGGCUCCUGCUGCCUGUUUUACACUACACUUUCUACAAGUUACCCAUCUAAUAUGAUGAUAGUGUCUUAAUUACUGCUCCUGUGUCUGCUGAUGAAAUGCCAGAAAAACUAAGUAAAUGCACAGACUUGUUGCAUGGUCAGAAGACCAAAUUCAUGUUAAAAAAAGAGACAGAAGUUCAGCUUUAAAGCAUAAGCAGAUAUAUAUCCAGAUUUUUAAAGCAGCAUGUUAUUGCAGAAAUCUAAAGUUUAGAACAUGUUAAACUUGUUGAUUUAUGUCUUUUUUCUUGAUGCUCAGGAAACUGCACCUGCUGAAGAUAGAAAAUAUAUUCCAGAGGGAUUUAGACUUGAAGAAAAGCAACAAAUACGUCCACUUAUUUCACGGCAGAACUGAGGCAGGUUCCCUCACUGUUUAGUGCUGUUAGAAUGUAUUUAUUGUACUGAUCUCCACAAACUUAUAGACUUAUGGGUUUGUCUGAUAUGAUGAAUAAAACAUGUUUAACUCUU